CCUGCUGUCUGUCUGUCUUCUGUCCACUGCUGCAAAUGAGCCCGUACACAGAGCAGAGACUCUCCGAGUGACUUCAAUCUAGAAGUAAAUAUUUUUCAGAAACUUUGGCUGAAGAUGCAACAUUUUUGAUUGCUUUUUGUAAGGAAUUUCUGCUGUGACCUGCAGGUGUUUCUGCAGAUAUGACUGAGUGAGGGAAACUCUUCUCAUCACCUCAUCAGACCUUUGGGACGUUGGUUGUACAGACUUUCAGGACUGCGCUGCAGAUCUCCUGAACAAAAUAAUUCACUGGCUCUUGAUCAGUUUGACCUUAUUAUAUCUCAUUUUUGCUUCACACAUCUUGAGGUUACCAUGUGAGCGUGUUGUGUUUUGGGUUGACAGUUUAAGCGGAGCAAUCCUGAGUACUUUGUAAGGUUCUGGCCAGCUGGCAGACAGUUGUGAUGCAGGGUCAGUGUGCUUUAUACACAUAUACACACCUCUAAACAAACAUGCAGAGAUGGCUGCCUGAACCUGCAGAGGCAAGUACAUGAAAUGAAAACAUCAAACAUUCCAAGCUGUAACUUUCAGUUUCAUAUCUGCACUUUAUAGAUCCUGGAGGAGAUGUAACCUGAACCCUGGUUUCAUUUUCUUACAUACUAAACUCAAAUAUCACAUACAGACUGACUUUAAUUACUACAACUUUGGGUCAAGAGCCAAAAUAUCUAGAACCAAGAGGGCACAUCUCUACACCACGAUGAUACAGACCUGUAAUUUGGUCCCCAGAGGCAUCUUGCAGCACACCUUCCCUCACCACCUUCUCCCCAUCCUGGUUUUGCUCCUCCGUGCCUGGUGGGGGAGCUGUCACCCUCAGUGUUUGGAUUACAAGCCUCCAUUUGGGCCCAGGCAGCCACUGAAUUUCUGCAAAGAGUAUUCCAAGUUUGGAUGCUGUGAUCUGGAAAAAGAUGAGGAGAUAUCAGGCAGGUUUUACACCAUUAUGGAAAACUUUGACCAUACAGGUUAUGCAACCUGUGGCAAAUACAUACGCAGCAUUCUCUGCCAGGAGUGUUCUCCAUAUGCUGCCCACCUGUAUGAUGCUGAGGAUGCUAACACACCUAUGAGGGUGCUGCCUGGACUCUGUGGGGAUUACUGCUCUGACUACUGGCAGCAGUGUCGGUACACACUCAGCCUCCUGCUGGAGGACUUAGGGAACCCACAGCAGUUUGCAAACCUGACUGCCACAAUUGAAGAAGAUCGCAGAAAGUUCUGUGAAGUUUUGGAGUUGAAGGACAAAGAGUAUUGCUAUCCUAAUGUCUUGACAAAUGCAGAGCUAAAUGCUAACCUGGGCUCACUAAAUGAAGAUCCUGAAGGAUGUUUGGAGCUGUGCUUGCAAGAAGUUGCCAAUGGACUCUGUAACCCUGUGGCCAUGAUCCAUGCAGAUGAUGGAACUCAACGCUUCUUUGUCGCAGAGCAGCUGGGUUAUGUGUGGGUGUAUUUGCCAAAUGGCUCCAGGAUCGAUCGCCCUUUCCUCAACCUGACUCAGGCCGUCCUCACAUCCCCGUGGGCUGGGGACGAAAGGGGAUUCCUCUGCAUAGCCUUGCACCCUAGGUUCACCACUGUCAGAAAAGCCUACGUGUACUACUCUGUAUCUGUUAAAAAGGAGGAACGAAUACGAAUCAGUGAAUUCACAGUGUCCUCACAUGAUGAAAAUCAACUAGACCAUUCUUCUGAGAGAACCAUCCUGGAGGUGGUUGAGCCAGCGUCUAAUCAUAAUGGAGGACAGCUUCUUUUCGGUCAUGAUGGGUAUCUGUACAUCUUCAUUGGUGACGGUGGCCGUGCCGGUGACCCUUUUGGAAAGUUUGGAAAUUCACAAAACAAGUCAGCACUUCUCGGCAAGGUGCUGCGUGUUGACGUUGACUUCAACGAUAAUGGUGCCCCGUACAGCAUUCCCUCAGACAACCCAUUCCUGGGAGAGAGGGAGGCACGACCUGAGAUUUAUGCCUAUGGAGUUCGCAAUAUGUGGCGUUGCUCCAUUGACCGCGGUGACCCCAUUACACGUGAAGGCAGAGGCAGGAUGUUUUGUGGUGAUGUGGGCCAGAACAAGUUCGAAGAGGUAGACCUCAUUGUUAAAGGAGGAAACUACGGAUGGAGAGCCAAAGAAGGAUUCAGCUGCUACGAUCGUAAGCUCUGUCAAAACUCUUCUCUUGAUGACGUCUUGCCGAUCUUUGCCUAUCCCCACAAGCUGGGCAAGUCUGUGACAGGAGGUUAUAUUUACCGAGGUUGUCAGAUGCCCAACCUCAACGGACUCUACAUCUUCGGGGAUUUCAUGAGCGGGCGUCUGAUGUCUCUUAGGGAGAAUGUUACCACAGGUGAAUGGCAGUACAAUGAAAUCUGCAUGGGAAGAGACCAGACCUGCAGAUUCCCCAAACUUAUUAACAGUUACUAUAAAUACAUCAUCUCUUUUGCUGAAGAUGAAGCAGGUGAACUGUAUUUCUUAGCCACAGGAGUCCCAAGUGCCACAUCCAGAAGAGGGGUUAUCUACAAGAUAGUGGACCCUUCCAGGAGAGCACCACCAGGAAAAUGUAAUGUCAAACCAUCACCUGUUAAGAUAAAGGGAAAACUAAUUCAUUUCUACCCAAAAGAAGAGUUUGUAAUCAACAAGAAACCAACCACCACAGCAGUUCCUACGACAACGACCACUACAAAACCUACAACAACUAAAAAGAAGACAAGAAUAAUAAUAAAAAAACCUCCAAUGCCAACAAGAAAAACACCAAAGCCACCGCCAACGGCAGCAACAACAAGGAAAACAACAAGAAAGACAGCAUUACCAGCAACAACACCAGCUAUUAAAACAACAACAAAAGCAGCCUCAACCGCAACAGUAAAGCCAAGAACUGUCCAGAUUGCAGCAACAACUCCUGCCACUACUUCAUCCACUGGUUAUCGCACAACCUCCACGACUGUAGACUCAUCUAGGAUUGCAAAAACCACAAUCAUCACCACACCUUCAACAGGGAGACAUGGGAGACCCCUUCAGUACCCCUCUAGCACCACCUCACAGUGUUUAAAACCACAACCCCUUACUACUCCAGCCACAAAAUUGCUAAAACGACCCCAUGUGACUCUGUCUACAUCCUAUCUAAAUUAUCCUGACCACAGGAUGACCACAACAUGGCCACCAUACUUCAGCCAGACGCCCUCUGUAUCAUCGUCCAAGCCCCAGAGACCACUAAUCAACACUACGCUGCUUAAAACACUGGAAGAGGUGCUGGGGCUUGGAGAGAAGCUGGAAAGUGCUGGAGAGGGCAACCAAGUAUUUAAGAGGCCUAGAGGACGGGGUAGAGGUCGUGGUAACAAGAGAGAAAGAGGAGGGAGGAAGCUGCGGGCUGGCUCAGUGCGACUUGUAAGUGUCAAUGGUUUGUCAGAUCGAGGCAGAGUGGAGAUUUUCAUCCGUGGCCAGUGGGGUACAGUGUGCGAUGACCUUUUCACCAGCAAGGCAGGUACCGUCGUGUGUCGUCAGCUUGGCUUCUCAACUGCUCUGGCAGUGAUGAAGAAGGCUACCCUGGGGGAGGCGGACAGGAGUGUUAGGAUACUGUUGGAUGAUGUGGAGUGUGAGGGUGGGGAGAGCUCACUGCUAGAGUGCAAGAGGUCCAGGGUUGGGAAACACAACUGUUCACAUGCAGAAGAUGUAGGGGUGAUCUGUGGUUAGCAAAGAGUGGUUAAAAGUAAAAGAAAAGCAUUGGACACACACAGGCAGUGAAUGUAUAAAAGAUUAUUAGAUUUCAUACAUUUUUAAGGAUAAUUUUUGGUGUGAUAACAAUUUUGUAUAAUUUGUAUUAUUUUGCUUUUGCAUUUGUGUAUCUUAAAAAAAUUUCUAUUCAUCUCAGAAAGAAAUGUGAAGGAAGAGCAUGCCCCUUCAUCAAUCUUUCACAGGCUUUGUGUGAUCUAAAUGCAAACAUCUUCCCCUAAACUCGCGCAGUCCACAGCGGUAAAGAUAAUAAUCAUCCACACAUUUGAACAAUGAUGAUUAUAGUAAACAGCAAUAUAGUAUCUAAACCAUAAUUACAUAAAUACAGUGGUUACCACUCAUAAAAGGGAAUCUUUUUUUCUCCAACUGUCUCAUUUUUAACCCCUUGUAAGUAUGGUUCUUAGAUAAAAAUGGGAAUAAAAUACAAUUUUUCUAAUGAAUUUCAGUACUCAGCAGUUAUGAUGGUUUCAUAAUGUUCAUGAUAUAAAUUACUAUCAGGGCAAAAACUGGUUAAAGUGGAUUGAAUUAGUUUUGGAGGAGCCUUAAUGACAUUUUGAGGUAAAUUGAAAACAAACAAACAAACAAACAAACAGAUCCUGCUUAAACUGUCAGUUGUGAGAAUCUAUAUUUUUUAAAUGUAUAAUUUUAGUAGAUUUAUUUUCUAAAGCAGAUUUUAAAUGAUUUGCACGUUGAUACAUGUUGAAUGUAGUUUUAAGAUGAAAAAAAUAUCUUUAACCAGGAAAUGCUGGACAUUCUGUGCAAUGAAUGUAAUGUUUCCAGGUUUACAGAAAGAGAGUUAAGGGCACAGGGGGCCUGUGAUAUAAAUAAAG